AAGUGUACGUGUUUCACGCCUCCGCGCCACUUAAAGCCGCAUUGUUUAAUUACUUGAUUCCUAAGCGUUUUUAGACAAAUAUAAUUCGAUAGAUUUUAAUAUGUAUCCCUCGUGCAUCGUCCGCUGCCAGGUAAAAAUCGCACUGCGGGAGUUUUCACUAAGUUUGACGACGUCGUACCGUAAACAUGAACUGGUUCACUAACCAAUUUAAGUUUAAUUUAUUUAUCUACACAACGGUGUUUGGUUUGUGCGUUUCUCGAGAAUGCAAUGGCCUGCCGCAUAUCAUUUUCAUUUUAUGCGACGAUAUGGGCUUCAAUGAUGUUGGGUUUCACGGAUCGAACCAGAUACCCACACCCAACAUAGAUGCUCUCGCUUACUCUGGGCUAAUACUGAACAAUUAUUACGUCAAUGCGAUAUGCACACCUUCAAGGAGUGCCCUUAUGACAGGGAAGUACCCUAUUCAUACAGGUAUGCAGCACACGGUGCUCUAUGGUAGUGAGCCACGAGGUUUACCGUUGACAGAAAAAAUUUUGCCACAACAUCUGGAAGAAUUAGGAUAUGUUAACCGAAUUGUAGGAAAAUGGCAUUUGGGAUCAUGGAAGAAGGAAUACACUCCUCUGUACAGAGGUUUUGUUUCCCAUUUGGGUUACUGGACCGGACACCAUGACUACUACGACCACACAGCAGUAGAGAAUCCAGGAUGGGGUUUAGAUAUGCGCGAAAAUUUAAGCAUAGCGUACAAUCUUCACGGACAAUACUCCACAGAUUUGUUUACGCAGGAGUCUGUCAGAUUGAUCAACUCCCAUGAUACCAGCAAGCCGCUGUUCUUAUAUUUAGCCCACGCAGCCGUUCAUUCCGGCAACCCUUAUGAACCUCUACGGGCACCAGAAGAAGAAAUCCAAAAGUUCGGUUAUAUCGAAGACACUCAAAGACGAAAAUACGCAGCAAUGAUGACACGUUUAGAUAGUUCGGUGGGGCAAGUCGUAGAAGCUUUGAAAAACAAAAGCAUGCUCGAAAACAGCAUAAUUGUCUUCACUACAGACAAUGGCGGACCGGCAGCAGGAUUCAACUUGAACGCGGCCUCAAAUUAUCCCCUAAGGGGAGUAAAAAACACCCUUUGGGAGGGCGGCGUCAGAGGUGCGGCGUUAGUUUGGAGCCCCCUUAUUGAAAAACCUUAUAGAAUUUCCAAGCAAAUGAUGCAUAUAGUUGACUGGUUGCCGACGAUUUUAGAUGCAGCUUCCUAUAACAUAAGUAAUCUACGUAACUUAGACGGUUUGAGCAUAUGGGAGGCAUUGUCACAAAAUAGGACAUCACCCAGAAACGAAAUAUUGCACAACAUUGACGACAUUUACGGAAAUGCAGCUUUAACAGUCGGACAAUGGAAAUUACUAACAGGAACAACCUACGGUGGUGCUUGGGACGGUUGGUAUGGACCGUCGGGACGGGAAUAUCCUUACAACGUGAGCCUCGUCGUUGAAAGCCAAGUAAAUAAAGCCUUACUUUCGAUUGGCAGGGGUGCCACUGUUGACCAAAUGAAUAUCCUUCGCGGCCAAGCCUUGGUGAAGUGUAAUAAGAUCAGUCAAGCGAAAUGUGAUCCGCUUAAAGCACCUUGUUUGUUUAACAUCGUCGACGAUCCUUGCGAAGACAACAAUGUCGCCGAUGUGUAUGAGGACAUUUUGCGCGACCUGCAAGAUACUCUUGCCGGUUACAAUAAGACUGCGUUACCACCUGGUAAUCUACCGUUAGACCCCAGAGGAGAUCCAAAGAACUGGAAUUAUGUGUUUACUAAUUUUGGCGAUGAAGAUGCUUUCCACUGCAGGACCAUAUAAAAAACGAAGUUUUAUUUUCAUUCUGCUCGCUGCUAUUAAUAAUGGAAGUAACUUUAAUAAGUUUAUUACAAAUCUAGUCACCUUUUUUAAUAUAUUAAAACGUAUUACAUUUGAUUUUUGAUUAAUUGGUUUUGUGUAUUGCGCCAUGUUCAAAUUUUAAUGUUGUUGUUUUAAUUUUCUCCCAAAAAAUUGUUCAAUCAACAGAAUAUCUAAUGAAGGAUCAAUGAAAAUUGAUAUACACUUUUUUUCUUAAGAGCAUCUAAAUAAUAUCACAAUGCAUAAUUCCUGGUUUGUAGGUAUAUGGCGUAACUGGAUUAUUUAAACAACCACACCAUAAAUUUGACUU